AUGGGGCCCCUCUCAGCCCCUCCGUGCACACAGCGCCUCACCUGGAAGGGGUUCCUGCUCACAGCAUCACUUUUAAACUUCUGGAACCCGCCCGCCACUGCCCAAGUCAUGAUUGAAGCCCAGCCACCCAAAAUUUCCGAGGGGAAGGAUGUUCUUCUAUUUGUCCACAAUUUGCCCCAGAAUCUUACUGGCUACAUCUGGUACAGAGGGCAAGUGACAGACCUCUACCAUUACAUUGCAUCAUAUGUAGUAGACAAUGACAUAAUUAUAUCUGGGCCUGCAUACACUGGACGAGAAACAGUAUAUUCCAAUGCAUCCCUGCUGAUCCAGAAUGUCACCCGGGAGGACGCAGGAUCCUACACCUUACACAUCAUAAAGCGAGGUGAUGAGACUACAGGAGUAACUGGACACUUCACCGUCACCUUAUACCUGGAGACUCCCAAGCCCUACAUAUCUAGCAGCAAGUUAAACCCCAUGGAGCACACGGAUAUUGUGAGAUUAACCUGUGGUCCUGAGACUCCGGACGCAAGCUACCUGUGGUGGAUGAAUGGUCAGAGCCUCCCUAUGAAUUACAGGUUGCAGCUGUCCAGAAGUAAAAGGACCCUCUUUAUAUUUGGUGUCACAAAGGAUAUUGCAGGACCCUAUGAAUGUGAAAUACGGAACCCAGUGAGUGCCAGCCGCAGUGACCCAUUCACCUUGAAUCUCCUCUAUGGUCCAGAUCUCCCCAGCAUUUAUCCUUCAUUCGCCCAUUACCGUUCAGGAGAAAACCUCUCCUUGUCCUGCUUCGCGGACUCUAACCCACCGGCAGAGUAUUCUUGGACAAUUAAUGGGAAGUUUCAGCAAUCAGGACAAAAGCUCUCUAUCCCCCAAAUUACUACAAAGCAUAGCGGGCUCUAUGUUUGCUCUGUUCGUAACUCAGCCACUGGCAGGAGAAACUCCAAAUCCAUGAGAGUCAAAGUCUCUGCUCCUUCAGGAACAGGACGUCUUCCUGGCAUUAAUCCAUUUUAGCAGCCGUGAUGUCAUUUCUGUAUUUCAGGAAGACUGGCAGGUAUGAUGGCCUUUUCUCUUAUCCUGGUUCCUGCAGGGCUGACUGCCAUGCUUGGGAGAGGGAAAAGACUUAUUUGUAUCUGGGAC